ACUCCUGGUGCUGCUUGUGUGCUCGUUCGGUGCGGACCUGGUACCUCUUUUGUGAAGCGGCAGCUGAGGAGACUCCGGCGCUCGCCAUGGCCGACGAAAAGCCCAAGGAAGGAGUCAAGACUGAGAACAAUGAUCAUAUUAAUUUGAAGGUGGCGGGGCAGGAUGGUUCUGUGGUGCAGUUUAAGAUUAAGAGGCAUACACCACUUAGUAAACUAAUGAAAGCCUAUUGUGAACGACAGGGUUUGUCAAUGAGGCAGAUCAGAUUCCGAUUUGAUGGGCAGCCAAUCAAUGAAACAGACACACCUGUACAGUUGGAAAUGGAGGAUGAAGAUAAAAUUGAUGUGUUCCAGCAGCAGACAGAAGGUGUCUACUAGAAAGGGAACCUGCUACUUUACUCCAGAACUCUGUUCCUCCAGACCAAGAAGACAUUCUCAAUUAGAAAGCCGCAAUUUGGUUCCACCACAUCCUGACUACUACAGUAUAGUUUUCUCUAUUCUUUCAUUUUCCCCUUCCCCAUUCCUUUAUUGUACAUAAAGUAACUGUGUAUGUGCACAA